AUGAAUAAGGAAUUUAUUAUUCUUAGUAUUACAUUUUCUGUUAUCUCCUCUUGCUGCCUUCCACCCAUCCCGACAUGUUGUGGAGGAGGUUUUCAAACGACAUCUUGGGCAUAUGCACCUCCUAGAGUUGUAGGAUAUCACAGAAUACCGAUUUAUAUGAAAGUUGCAGUUCCUCCUCCACCUCCACCUGCUUAUGCUGUUGCUCCUGUUCCUACAAUGACACAGCCCAUGGUAGUUCAAGCCCCACCACCCCCAAUGCCAAUUCCUAGCCCACCAAUGGUAACUCAGAUAACUCAAAAUCUACCUAACACUUAUGCUUCACCUCCUCAAAUACUCGCGCCCCAGACAAUGUUAUCUGUCCCUCCACCCCCACCUACCCCUAUGAUUGCUCAACAAUUACCACCCCAGCCUCAAACAAUUGUAAUUCAAGACCAACCACAGCUUCCCGCAGUUCCAGUAAUGCAAAAACCCACCAUGCUUGUUGCCCAACCUCCACCUGUUCAGCAGCAAAUAAUCGCUCCUCAAGGUUAUCAACAAUCUCCUCAAACUACUAUCAUCCAGGAGCAACAACCAGUUGCUUAUCAGCCUCAACAGACUAUAGUAGAUGUAUCCUCUCAAACACAAAGCUCUGUUCAGAUUGAUUACAACCAAGGAGCCGAUCAAAUAGGAAAUGCCAUUGAAAUACAACAAAUCAAUGGAGCCAAGAAAUCAGCGGCUGCAUCCAAGAACCUACGAAGAUCAUAUUUGAAGCAAGUGAAACUUCAAUAG